GGUUAUGAUUGACAGGAAGUCGUCGGUCAGAAGGUGGUUCAGCUUGGGCAGCAGCAGCAAUGGGAUUACCUGUGUCGCGUGUUUCUCUUGCAGUUUGGCGUUGUUGUUCCAAUUGCACCAUGGAACAUGCUUCUCCGACGAAGGUACUAUUUGAUUAACACAGGAGGCAAUGGCAUCCUAUUCAGCCGCUAACCCACGCACCAACUGCUGUUCACUCACCGGACUAUCAACAUCAAACAAUUGAUCGACUAUUUCUUUGGGUCAUUGAGAGUAAGCAUCAAAAGAUGGCAUGGAUCUGAGGGACAGAUUUGUGAAUUCAUGUUCAAGGGCUGCAGCUCAUGCUCCCUUAUUGUUGUGAAAGAUAUUUUUGAUGCGAACCCACGCAUCAUGAGCAGUGGUGGAUUCUGAACGCAGAACCCGAACCUGGACUUCGUCUGACAGGGAUCCGUACUGUAAGACACCACAACAUUAAUCUUGGUCCAUGCUUCAUCGGUCAGAUCGUCUUUGGCAGGGGGUCUUGUACCAUCUAUGUGUAGCAAGACCUUGUAUCCACGAGCAUGAAGGAGAAAGAGCCUAACCCAUGACAAAUAAGAUACCUUAGUGCCAUCCAACACACGGAUUUUGUGUUGGAUUUUCGUCACAGUAUAAAUAGGGUGAAGUGCUGGUUGCGGCUUGGGGGCAGAAGUAUCUUCUUUGGAACCCAUCUUCAGUGUCGAAACACAGGGAAGGGUGGCAAAAGGCAAGCCGGAGAACAAGAUCGACCAAGGAAAUAUAUAGGAAAGCUAGUACAAUAAUCACUCCUAUAAACUAGCAUCUAUCUAUAGAAAUAAUAUCACUAAAUAAUAACAAUAAAAACAAUAUUAUACAAAUAAUAUUCUAAGCUAAUACAUAAACAUGCUAUUCUAGUCUGAUAGUUCUUAAUUAUAUCCACAUUAGAUUCAAUAUUCAAUGCUUUAUUUUCUGUAGGCAUAUCCUCUGUUCAAUUUCAAAGUUCUUUAUCAAGAGGAAAUCCUAGAUAUAAUGACUGCUUUGCACUUUUUAAUCUUUGGUUGAAAUACAAUCUGUUGAGAAGUAUAUAAGUUUGACUACAUGUAGAAUGCGUAUUAGAAUACCAUAUGGAUUGUGUGGCGCAGGUGCAAUGAACACAAGUAAAGUUACGCGCAUUCGCUGUAUAUUUUGGUUAAGGGGUACUAUUGUAAUUUCUUCUUCAAAUCUAACCCUUACUUUAUCACUCAUUUCCCAUCUCACACUUUUAUAUAUCUGUUGUGCUGCCUCGGUGAUAUCGAUAUCGAUUGUGUCGGCUAACUCCCUCACCCAACUCCACUCUCAACGUCUUGCCAUUGUGAUUUCAGAUUUGCAGGAGCUCGAGUUAUAAUUGUUAUUUUACAAGUGUAGGAAUGGUGACUACAAGAAGUAUGUCGAGAAAACAAAAGAAGUCGAGCACUUCUGACGAUGAUACUUCAGGAUCAUGGAUAAGCUUUAACGAUGAUCUGGUGUUUUUAAUCUUGAUGCAUCUUGGAGUGUUUGAUUAUGUUGCUUUAAGUGGUGUGUGCAAGGCAUGGAGAUCGUUUGCGAUCUCUAACUGGAAUAAGUUUAUGAUGUCAAAACAACCCAUGUAUUUAUCUAUCAGAUCUGAUUGUAUAUUCCAUAAAGACUGCUAUAUACAGGACCACACAAGAAGAAAGUUGAAGGCCAUAAUUCCCCAUUCUAGUGCCAGGAAGUGUAUUGGAGUAACUUGUGGUUACUUGAUAUUUUUUGAGAGGAAAACCCAUGGCUUCUGGCUUGUGAAUCCCUUCACAAGGAAGGAACUUCACUUCCCUGAUUUCUCUGAUGCUAUGUCACCAAGCAAAAAGGGUAUUCUUGUCUAUUCACAUGCAAUGUCUGGGUGGGUGUUUGUGAUAAUCACCUAUCAACGUAAUUCCACUGGCUUAGCUUUCUCUUUAGCCGGUAAACAAUCCGAAUGGAGAUAUAUCUCUUGCAAUCCCCCUAUCCUUGAUCUACACUUUUUCAAGGGAAAAAUAUAUACGCUACACACCAUGAGUCAGUUAUAUGAAUUCAGGCUUAAUCCAGCUCCUACCUUUAUCCCACAAAAAAUGAAGAAUUUCUCGGUGUUUCACGUCAGAUGUAGGAACUUUAUAAGUUCAGGUGAAAAACUUUAUGUGACGACUAAAUUAAAUAAUGAUUUUGAUACUCUUGAAGUCGAUUUUGAUGAAAUGAGAUGGGCGAAUUCGGAAAAGACAAUAGCAGAAUAUAAACUUUUUGUAAGUGACUUGAAGUGUGAUGCUGCUAUUAGGCCCGAUCCAUGGGCCCACCCUUGGACACAGUACGGGAGGAUUAAUCACGCUGAUUAUGGCAAUCAAAGUAAGGAGAAGGGCAAAUGUUUGACUACAUACAUGUGGUACUUCCCCCAUGAUUGCUUGAUUGAUAACAACGCUGAUACGGUGAAUGGUGCUUUGCUGAAUAUUCUUGACGAGUAGAGCAAGAAAGUGGGUAAUUCUUCAUCUGGUAGUUCAAGUAAAUGCAUGCGAAGAUGAAAAGAACAGUAAACAUAUUAGUUGUAAUGUGGGAAACUAGUUGAACUUGAAAGUUGUAAUUGCUUGAUUGUGAGUUUAAGAUGGUGACAAGUUUGCACUUUUCUUGUCUUUGGUUCUUCGCUCUCAAGCAAAGGGUCUUGUUGUCUUUGGAUUCUUAGUUCUCAAGCGAAGGGUGUUUAGGAAUGUGUUUUAUUUUGCCUUUGUGGUUUCGUUUGGCAUUGAUUAUAUAUUAAAAAUAAUUAUACAAGUGCGUAACAUGUUAUAGUGUUGUUUGUAAUGAAUAACUUGUUUCAUUUU